GGAAGAGCGUGGAGUCUUCUUACAGGAACAGUAUUUAUCAUCUACCUGCAAUUACAUUGACAACGGGCCACAAUACCCCUUGGACACAAUGUACUUUUGGCCGUUUGACGUGAGCACCGUACACAUCACCUAUGCCUGUCUAGGCUCCUUCGUCGUCUUUUUCACACUCUUCUCCCUCGUCAUUCGCGAAAAGCUCUAUCUCGGUGAAGCAAUCUGGGCCACAGUCUUCGGCAUCGCCAUCGGGCCCUAUGGAACCAAUAUCGUCAAUCCACGUUCCUGGGGAGACGCGGAUAUCGCAAAGGUCAACGCUAUCACCAUGGAGGUGACGCGGGUCGUCCUUGCUCUUGGCGUGUUCGCGAUUGGCGUCGAACUGCCCAAGAGUUACCUACUGCGGCAUUGGCGGAGUCUUACUAUCUUGUUGCUCGGAGGGAUGACCUGGGGAUGGUUGAUCUGUGGAGCGCUUAUCUACGUCCUUGUCCCUGGGCUUCAGUUCUAUCCCGCGCUUGUUGUCUCUGCCUGUCUUACCCCCACGGAUCCCAUCCUCGCCGCCGCGGUCUGUGGUGGAAAAUAUGCCGAGAAGCACGUCCCACUCCAUUUGCGGCGGAUCCUCGCGGCGGAGAGUGCGGCGAACGAUGGACUCGCCUUCCCUUUCUUAUACAUCUCGCUCUAUCUUGUCCUUGAGGGACCUGGGGAGGCGGUAAGGGAUUGGUUCCUCAUCACCUGGCUCUACGAGGUCUUCGUCGGGAUCCUCAUGGGUUGCGUGUUUGGCUCGUUAUUCCGCAUGUUGAUGAAGAUGUGCGAGAAAAGGGAGUUCGUCGACCGAUCGAGCAGUGUCGCACAAUAUGUCGCUCUGGCGAUAAUGACCAUGGGCUUCGCUCUUCUCCUCGGCGUCGACGAGCUUCUCGCUGCCUUCUUCGCCGGCACCGCCUUUUCCUGGGACGGCGCGUUCAACGAAGCGACCGAAGACACAUCCUUUAGUAGCGUCAUGGCGAUGCUGUUCGACUCUGCAUGCUUCAUCUUCAUCGGCGCUUGGAUGCCUUUUGCGAGCUUCUACGAUGCCAACUUGACGCUGACCGUGUGGAGACUUGUGGUGAUCACCAUCUUGCUGCUUUUGGUCAGGCGCAUCCCGCCAAUCCUGAUGAGCUACAAGAUCAUACCCGAUAUCAAGAACUUCAAAGAAGCCCUCUUUUCGGGCCACUUUGGCCCUAUGGGUGUAGGCGCAGUGUUCAUCUCUUCUCUGGCAGUGAGCAAGCUACCCACGCCUACAGGACCCAUUAGCGCCGAUGACCAGCAGACGCUCCUCGCUGCGAGUAUCCAGCCUAUAGUUGCCUUUGUAGUCCUGUGGAGUAUCCUGAUCCAUGGCCUCUCUAUCCCCUUCUGGACACUCAGCAAACGCGUGAACACCCUAACUUACACCUGGCCCCGCUCCCCCACCGCCCAACCCGAAUGGCUUAACCAAGUCCUCCGCCCCGGUUUCUCCCGCACCACUACCAUGACCCAGCCCACUACGCCUACACCCGGGUUUGUCGAGUCUGGGAUUGUUGUUGAGGGCGAAGGGUCCGUGGACGAAUGGCCAGAAGGGAGGAAGGCGGAGACGCCUUCCCAAGAAAGAGGCCCGGUGCUUAUUGAUGAGGUGCUUCGGACGGCAGGCCAACCUAGUGCUGGAGAUGGCACGGCUGGGACUCAAGGCGGUCCGGGCCUUGCCAGACAGAGGCUUGUCACUUUCUCCGCUGAGGAGAAAGGUAGGGAAAGCAGGGUGAGCAAUAUUGGAGGUGGUUGGCUGGCUGGUGGACCGGAGGAUGAGGCGGAAGAUGAUGAGCAUGCUGCUAAGGAGGACACGUCAGAGGAGCAGGCCUCCCCGGUUCUGGAAGAGACCAACCACCCUGCGAUACCCGACACUCCUAUCACACUUCCCACCGUUCCUAUCCCCGCCGCGCUGCGAGACGUCGCCAAUCCACAGAACGCGGCGCACGGUGCUCAAGGAAGCUAACAAUUACCUCCCCUCGGCCUGGGGUGCUCAACCUGGGUCGGGAAAGCAGGAAGGACCGUCUGGUCGAAAGGCUUCCAGAGAUUAUGGUUCGCCUUCAGAUAUCCAUUUAUUGAGCAGUAUAGACGAUCAGGACGGUGUAUGUUUUCCGAAGAAUGUGCUCGAAUUGGGAAUUAUGUUUUUAGGUUCU